AUGCUAGGCCUAGGUCUCCAUGUGUCUGCGCAUGACUGGAGACGUCCCAAGAAGCCAGGCAGCCUCCUGAACUCCUAUAAAUACGCUCCUCCAGCCCCAAGUCCAAACCAUUCCAUUCCCAAAGCUAGAGAGCACCUGAAAAGUUUGCAUUGUUGUGAGGUUGUGAUGGGUAAUCUUCUAGGGAGAGAAGUUAUGCCGUCAAAUCUCUUGUGUUGUGAGGUUGUGUCGGGUAACCUUCGGGGAAGGUUAGGCCGCCAGAUCUCUUUUGUGUGUGAGGUUGUGUUGGGUAACCUUCGGGAAGGAUAUGCCAACAGAUCUCUUUUCUGUCAUGGCUAUGCCGCUAAACCUCGAGUGCAUGCUAACAUGGUGGUGCGUAAGGCCCAUAUGUUGAGUAUGACUCCGAUGUGGAAAGAUCACGGACGGCUGAGCCGCCAGAUCUUUCGAGGUUCGUGUGGGUACUCUUCCGAGGCAAGGGAAGCUCUGCCGCAGAACCGAGGGUAUGAGGCAUAG